AAACUAACACUGAUGGCGUGUGUCUGCAUGGUAAACGAUUCCAGAUCAGCCUGGACUUUAGUUUAUGACAGUGACAUGGGUGUCAGAGUUUCUCCUCCCUCAGACACACACACAGAGACCGAGCACGCAAGAGGAGUGAGCAAUGAUGCUCCUGUAACACUUCGUGAAAUACAGUUCACUUGCUGAAGAAGAGAGAUAGUUAUUACAGCCAUGUCACGAUAUCACAAAGCAGCCAUUGAUGGCUAUUUGGAGCUACUGAAAGAAGCCACAAGAAAAGACCUGAACACGCCGGAUGAGGACGGCAUGACACCCACUCUCUGGGCCGCGUACCACGGACACAUUGAGGCUCUUCAGCUGAUCUGUAGCAGAGGGGGGGAUCCGAACAAAAGUGACAUCUGGGGGAACACACCUCUGCAUCACGCCUCUGCAAACGGACACAUGCAGAUCGUCAGCUUCUUAGUGAACUUUGGAGCCAACCUCUUCGCUCUGGACAAUGAUUUCCACACUCCCAUGGACGUGGCUGCCUCUCGAGACCACAUGGACAGCGUCCGAUUCCUGGACACUGCGGCUGCGCAACAGACAGCCCAGAACGCCAAAAGGGUUGCCCGUCUGAAAGAUCAGGCCACUAAAGAUGCCGAGCGCAGAGUGAAGCAGUGCGAACGGGUACAGAAGAAACAUCAGAGUAAGAUGGACAAGAUGUCUCGCGGCGGCUCGGUCUCGGAGGGAAGUUCCUUUUCCGGCACGGGUACCUUGAGCAGCAUGAACAGCGAUCAGUUCUCCAAACUCAUUGCCGCGGACGCCAAUGGAUCGGUCUCUUCAACGAUCAAGGGAACCCUCCAGCGCAAAUUUGGGAAGAAGGACAAAGGGACAGUGAGUAGACAAGGGGACGGCAAUGUCAUUUUUGUCAAACAAGACAUCGGCUCGCAAGAGAAACCUGGUUUUGUUGACGUCUUCAAUGAGCAGGAUGAAAUUCAGGAUGAUGAUGAUGACGAUGCCGAGCGAGGAUUGGAUGACGAGGGGCCCAGUCAGGUGAAGUCUAUUUUCGAAAGGCCUGGUCUUGGGAAAAUGGUGUUCCGUAGGAACUUCUCCAUGGAAAUGGCCAUGGACACUGAAGACCUCCCCAUUGGUAACACAGAAGACCUUGGGUUCCUCGUCCGUCAAGAGUUGUUGGAAACUGUGGAUGAAGGGCUGGAGGGAUUUGACAAGGAUUCAGAACUGCCUUGGAAUGAAGAGGAGAUUGGUCUGGAUGAGGAAGAGGAGACCUCACACUUGGAUUCGUUCUUGGCGUCGAUCGGCCUGUUGGAUUUCGGUCCUGUGUUCACCCGUGAACACUUGGAUCUUGAAGCCCUGAUGCUCUGCUCAGAUGAUGAUCUCAAAGGCAUCCGCAUCCAGCUAGGGCCACGCAAAAAGAUCCUGGAAGCGUCGGCUCGCAGGAAAGUUGCGCUGGAGCAGCCUGGCGUUAUGAAGGACACCUUCCUUUAAUAACACGUUGCACUCAGUUCUGCUAAACACAAACAUUUACAGUUUCUCUCAGCUGACAUUACUUUACCAUCAUGUAGGUGUUAUUUGAUAGCUGGCUUUCUGUGAUUUCAAUGAUUUUACACAUUAAAAUGUCCUUCAUGUAGACCAAUAAGUUUAAACUCUCACACAAACAUUUGGCUUCAGCUAUGAUUUUUUGAAAAUCAACCCUUUUUUUUGAAGAAUAUGUUGAUUUCUGCUGCUUUUUCAUCUCUGAAAAAAAGAACACAUGUCUAAAUAAAUAUAACACUGUUCAUUUCUAAA